CCCUGUGCGAAGCCACCCCCUGAGGCGCGGCGUGCUGUGCCGCAGGGGGCUCCGACGGCUCGAGGCUGUACGACUGCGUCUGGCGGUACAACUCCAGCGUCAACGAGUGGACGGAGGUGUCUCCCAUGCUGAAAGCCCGGGAGUACCACAGCUCCACGGUCCUGGACGGGCUCCUCUACGUGAUCGCCUCGGACAGCACGGAGCGCUACGACCACUCGGUGGACAGCUGGGAGGCCCUGCAGCCCAUGCUCUACCCCAUGGACAACUGCUCCACCACCUCCUGCCGCGGGAAGCUCUUCGCCAUCGGCUCCCUGGCCGGCAAGGAGGCCAUGGGCAUGCAGUGCUACGACCCCGACACCGACCUCUGGUCCCUGGUCAACUGCAGCCACCUGCCUCCCUGGUCCUUCGCCCCCAAGACCGUCACCCUCAACGGCCUCAUGUACUUCAUCCGAGACGACUCGGCUGAAGUGGACGUUUACAAUCCGGCGAAGAAUGAAUGGGACAAAAUCCCCGCCAUGCUCCAGGUGCACGUGGGGGGCAGCGUGGCCGUGCUCGGCGGGAAGCUCUACGUCUCCGGGGGCUACGACAACACGUUUGAACUCUCGGAUGUCCUGGAAGCCUACGACCCCGAGACGCGGGCCUGGAGCGUGGUGGGCCGGCUCCCCGAGCCCAUCUUCUGGCAUGGCAGCGUCAGCAUAUUCCGGCAGUUUAUGCCAGAAACCACGCAGGAGGACGACGACAUCACGCUGGACAACACCAUCAGCCUGAACAGGCAGCACCAAAACCUGCACAGCCAGAACCUCAACGAGCUGCGUUAGCAGGGGGAGGCGCCAUCCCUGGCUCGGCGCCAGCUCGUGACCCAGAACCAGUGUUGCUUUGAGAGAAGGCAGACAGAAGGCACUUGGAAACAAAAACCUGCUGAUCACAGAGGGAGCGGGAAGCUCCGGACGUUUGACUUGCUGCUGCGGGACACGGCCGGCAGACCCCAAGGCCUCGCUGCCUGCAGGGGAGACCCGAGAGGUGAACUCAGAGCGGCUGCGCUCAACGUCACCCAGCAACCUACGGCCUUUCCCCGGCAGCUCCUUCGCCCCGUGAUGCUUCCUUCGCCACCAAACUCCUUUCUUUGGUUUCUUUUUUGGGAGGGGUCUGUCUGGUGGGACGGUGGCUGGGCCUCCACCUCAGUUGUGCCUCGGAGGAGGACAGAGCUCCUGCGCACGUCUUCCUCCGUGGGGCUGGGGCGGGGGGUGGGGGGUUAACACCAGAGCGUGGCCCUCGGUUCCCCUUCCCGCCUCAGAAGGAUCCAACAUAGCCGGGAUCUCGCCCCAGCUGGGCUACGGUGCUUCACCGUUCCCUUUGUCCAGAUCUCUGCCUGUAUUUUGGUGGGUUUUUUUCAGUUGUUACAACACUUAAAAUUCUGCAGGUAUUUGUUUUCCAACCCUUCCUAGCAGAGCACUUUUUCCUUCUAAGAAACACCCUUCACCUUGUAAUCGCAGUCUCACAGCCGGAUCGUUUCCAUUUCUGGUCGCAGCGAGUGCCCUGGGAGCCGGCGCGAGGGGGCAGCGGCAGCCGCGCUCCCGCUCUGUAGGGCUGAGCCAGGCCCAGAACGCCGCCACUCCCGGGGCACUGAGGGAGAGUUUUCACUCCUUCAGCGUUUUAAAGGAGCUACGUUGGUGUUGUCUUUUAGAAAAGAAAAAAUACAGGGAAAGGCGAGUGCAGCUUCCUGGGAGAUUUGGCCAAGGAUUGCCACGUUGGGCGCCCUGAGGCAGAAUUCCCCUCCUGCCGGACCUCCCCAGGGACCUCCCCAGGGGUCUCGUGCCGUUGCUCCUCCUGUUUGCGGGAGCUCUUGGGGUUUGGGCGGUUGGGAAAUGCCGCCGACGUGUUUUGGCGCAGGUGUGGGAGUUAGCCAGACUGUUGUGGAUUGAGAGGUAGCUGGUUAGUUUAGGGGUUUUUUUGUUCUUUUAGUUUGGGGUUUGCUGGGUUUUUUUGCCUGUGUAAGAUUUGCCUUUCUGCUCGCCCAAGUGACCUGGCUUGGGCUGCGUUUCCUCCAUCCACCUUCGCCGAGGAGGAGCUGCCUGCAGCUCGCGCGUGGAACGUUUGUUGAAGAAUCAGAUGGUGAAAACUGCGAUGCCUGAAAAUGAGCACUGCGCCUUUGGGAAAACGGCAGAGCGUGGCGACGGCUGCAGCGCUGGCUGAUGCGUUUUGCUUUUUCCAUCUUUUGUGUUUAACAAAUAGUAAAAACAAUUUGCAUUUCAACUUCAUCCAGAGAUGGAAGGGCCCGUCUGCUCCAUCGCGCCUCCUGGCUGGCCCCCGGACUGAGCAGGGCCGAGCCCCGUCCCCGCCACAGCGUCUGCACGGCUUUACAGAGCUCAGCUUUGCCCUGGAGGCGGUCCCAGGCCUCGCUCCUCCGCGGUGAACUCGGGAAAUCCGGGCUCUUCCCGAGCCCGAAACUCUGACAGUGCCUUGAAGCGGCCGCGUGCCGGCGGGGGUGGCGGAGGGGCCCCGCGGUUCGAAGCCUUUCCCGGUGCUGCGCGGGUGGAUUCUGAGUGUGGGGGCUCCAGUUCGGGGCAGCUCCCCCGUCUGCGGCUGUAAUGCCGCCUCCCGCCGCACUCGCCUCGCAGACGGAGGAUUUACACCGACCCCUGAGCAGCACACGCGCAGCCUUCCACCCCCGAGACCCCACCCGGCCCAACAGUUGCAGAUCUGUAUUUAUUUUUUGUAAAAGUCAUUGCGUCCGAAUCUCUGCGUACAGUCUAAAUACCAUCCUUUGAAACAAAGGCAUUUUGACAUUUACAGAUAAUGUAUUUUUAUUCUCAUAGUUUGUUUUCAAAUUUACUUGCAGCAGUCAAGUUAAAUAAAGCACGUUACGCAAAUCUCUUGACUCGUCUUUGAGGGGAGGAUUACCCGAGAGUUUUCACUGCAACGUUUCUCGUUCUAGGCCCGAGAUACGUUUAAACCAGCGACUUUCUGCCUUCUCGGUGAGUAAAGGGGGAAGGGGGGAGCGUGGUGGUGACAUCGGGGUGUGCAGGGACACGUGAUCUCGCCCCCGCCCCUGGAACGCUCAGGGGAGGG